AGCAUCACCUAUUCACUUUGUGUUGUUUGUUUUCUUGCGUCUCUUUUCUUUCCUUUUCUUUUGGGUCCCUGCUUCCACCGCAAAGUUUCUCGUUUUGGUUAAGUUUGCUGGUCUUGGUUCUUGGUUCCCCCUCGGCAAUUUUGGAUCAGGCAAGUUUCUCCGGGACCAAGAAUCGCGACGACAUGGACGGCAAUGCGAGAUCGGCGGCGAAUCAGAAGAAGCCCUUCGUCGCGGACAACGACCUCGUGGAGCUGCUAUGGCACAACGGGAGCGUCGUCGCGCAGCCCCAGGCGCAUCACCGGGAGGCGCCGGCGCCCUCCGACCGCCCCAGCAGCAGCGGCCUCACCGGCGACGAGACCGCCGCGUGGUUUCCGGACACCCUCGACGACGCGCUGGAGAAGGACCUGUACACGCAGCUGUGGUACAGCAGCAUCGCCGACGCCACCCCGCACCACGGGGACGCGCUCCCGGGCUCUAGCUCGCAGCCUCCGCCAGCGCUGGUGCACCCGGCUAGGCCGCCGAUGGGUAGCGGCGUCGAGUCGAGCUGGGCCGGCGACAUCUGCUCGACCUUCUGCGGCAGCAACCAGGUGCCCGGGGUGCCCGUGGAGGACUGGGGGGACGACGCGGCAAUUCCGUCGGAGGCGCCGCGCGGGGCCAGCGCGCACGACGGCGCCGGCACCGGCACGUCGUCGUCCGGCGGGUCCGGCAGCAACUUCGGGGGAUCCGGGUUGCCGAGUGAGAGCGGUCAUGUCCACAAGAGGAAAGGGAGGUGUAGAGACGACUCAGAUAGUCGGAGUGAGGAUGCUGAGUGUGAGGCAACUGAGGAGUUCAAAUCGUCGAGGCGAUCUGCAUCAAAGCGCAGGAGUCGCGCAGCUGAAGUUCAUAACUUAUCAGAGAGGAGAAGAAGGGACCGGAUCAAUGAAAAGAUACGCGCUUUGCAAGAGCUGAUACCACACUGCAACAAGACUGACAAAGCGUCAAUAUUGGAUGAAACAAUUGAGUAUCUGAAGUCCCUCCAAAUGCAAGUUCAGAUUAUGUGGAUGACUUCCGGGAUGGCACCCAUGAUGUUUCCUGGUGCUCAUCAGUUCAUGCCAUCAAUGGCUCUGGGCAUGAAUUCAGCUUUCAUCCCCGCGGCACAAGGCCUUACUCAGAUGCCAAGAGUACCAUACAUGAACCAUCCCCUGCCAAAUCAUAUCCCUUUGAACUCAUCUCCAUAUAUGAAUCAAAUGAAUCCGCUAAGUGUUGCAAACCAGAUGCAAAAUGUUCAUCACGGAGAGGCAAGCAAUCGCUUCCUUCACCCAGAUGGUCAUCAAACAGCGGCACCACAGGUACCAGGACCCCAUGCUCAUGGAUCUCAAAUAGCACAAGCUGCACAGCACAAUAGGAUACCGGAAGUGCUAGCUAGUACUAUUGUGCCUACUUCUAGGGCAGGACAACCGCCUAGUUAUGAUGCAGUUUAGAAUGACUAAAAUCGUGUAAGGAGUUGUACUGAUAAAUGUGAUGAUGUAUAGAUAAUUUGAGCUGUGUAUAUUUAACUAAGGGGUAUAUACGUAUAAAAAGUAUAUCAUACGUA